UGUCGCUACCAAGUCCCUGGAAACUCAGUCCAAACGAACGCAGUCCCACCAUGUCUUUCAUCCAAGCCUUCAUGCAGCAGACGGUCUAUUUGGGCAUGCCCGAUGACUCAACUCUAAGGAAUGAUGGAACAGUGACACCAGCGGCCAAUUUCAGCCCCAGCGGAGAUGCAGCAAUCUUGGACAAGGCCAUCAAGACAAAAGGUGUGGAUGAGAACACUAUUAUCGAAAUCCUGGUGAAAAGGAGCAACGAGCAGAGACAGCAGAUCAAAGAGGCCUACCAGCAGGCCAGUGGCAAGCCUCUGGAUUCAGCACUGAAGAAUGCUCUGAAGGGAGAUCUGGAGGAGGUGGUGUUGGCUCUGCUGAAAACACCAGCCCAGUAUGAUGCCCAGCUGUUGAAACUGGCAAUGAAGGGUCUGGGAACAGAUGAGGACACCCUGAUCGAGGUUAUGGCCUCUCGUACCAACAGAGAGAUCAUGGACCUAAAGAAAACCUACAAGGAAGAAUACAAGAAGGAUCUGGAGGAUGACAUCAAAUCUGACACAAGCGGAGACUUCAGGGCUGCCCUCCUUACACUCUGCAAGGCCGGCAGGACUGAAGGAGUGUGUGAGCAGCUGAUUGACAGUGACGCCAGGGCUCUGUACGAAGCAGGAGAGGGAAGGAAGGGCAAAGACUGCUCCGUCUUCAUUGACAUCCUCACCACCAGGAGUGCCUCUCAUCUUCGUAAAGUAUUUGAGAAGUACGGAAAGUACAGCAAAGUGGAUGUGGCCAAAGCUAUCGACCUAGAGAUGAAGGGUGAUAUUGAGAGUUGUCUCACCGCAGUAGUGAAGUGUGCUGGAAGCAAGCCUGCAUUCUUCGCUGAGAGGCUCAACUUGGCCAUGAAGGGUAAAGGAACCCGCAAAAACAUCCUGACCCGUAUCAUGGUGAGCCGCUCCGAAAUUGACAUGAAGCACAUCAAGAAUGAGUACAAGAAAAACUACAGCAAAACACUCCACCAGGAAAUUCUGGAUGACACUAAGGGAGACUACGAGAAGAUUCUGCUUGCUCUCUGUGGGGGGGAGAAUUAAUUGCUAAUAAAAAGGCUAUUAGUUCUUAUACAACUGAUGAUCCACCACUAUGCCCAGCUGUGGAAAAUCACCUAUAAUCUCUUGACACAUAUUGUGCCCUUUUACUCUUGUGGACAACUGCCAUGCCAUUUAGAAGAUAUUAACAGCAAUGAGCGAAGAUAAACAUGGGAUCACUGCUUCAGCAGAUAUUUUGCGUAGUUAUUCUUUUUCUUUCCAGUGUUCUUAUCACAUAGAUUUAAGAGUUUGUCAGUGGACAUGUGCUCUCCUACAGACUUAGUCUUCACUUAUUACAUUGUCAUAACAGGUGUUUGAAAAGAAGCUAGCUACAGUGCAGCUCAAAAACAGUUGUAUACAAAUUUCCAUGUGCCAAAUUAUAUUCGGUGGCAGCAGUAGCCUUGAAGGAACUACAUUCUGCAAAUAAAUGCUUUUUUCUAUCUGA